UUUUAUUCCGUCAAAAUGUUUAUGCUUAGGCGUAUAUUUUAUCAUUUAAUGACUAAUUCUUAUUUAUGGUUAAAUCUCUGAUAAAUACUAUUAUUUCUAAUAUUAUACUUUCGAUACUACAGCAUACAACUCACCCGGUUAUUCACCUCUGAUCUCAUAUAAAGAAAUUACCAUAAUUGUGCUUGAAUUAUGUAAUUUUGUAAUUUAAUCAACUUUUUUAUUCAUAUACAUACGAUGUUCAAUUUAAGUAGAGCCUAUUAUAAACUUAUAAUGUUUAUAAGUUGAUAUUUUCAUUCAAUUAAAUUAAUAAGUUAAUAAUUUGUGUACGCAAGCGUAUUACAGUAUAUUUUCAGCAUUUGAAACCUUUUAACUGUUCAAGUAUUAUAUCUUCAUUUCUAAAAGUAGAGACCGAACGUUGAAUAUGAAGCAAAAAGCAUUAGCGAACUCAAAAGCUUUUGAGCAAAGUAAUAAUUCUGUGGAAGAAGACAUAGAAUAUGCAAUUCAAGUAAAUCGAUGGCUUCUUUCUCCCCUUGGUAUUUGGCCAUUGUCAUCAAAAUCAAAUUUACUCAAAAAAAUAAUUCAAUACUUAAUAAUAAUUAUAUGUUCAUUGCUAUUAAUAUUUAUAAUUGUUCCUGGAAGUCUUUUUACUUAUGUGAAAAUAAAAAAUCCUGCAAUAAGAAUAAAACUAACCGGAGCAUUAAGUUUUUGUGUUAUGGCAAUAAUGAAAUAUUAUUCACUAGUGUCGGGGCGUAAAAAUAUUGCAAAUUGCAUUCAGCACUUGAUUUCAGAUUGGGUGCAAGUAAAUUCAUUAAGUAAUCGUGAAAUUAUGCUGAAUUAUGCUCAGCUAGGACGUUUUGGUUCGAUAAUUUGUGCUAUUUUCAUGUACGGUGGAGGUUUAUUUUACGCAGGUAUUCUUCCGCACGUAUCUCCAAGUGUUAAAAAUGAAAAUAAUCUCACUAUUAGGCCAAUUGCAUACCCAAGUUAUUUUUUGAUUUUCGAUCCACAACAAAGUCCAGCUUAUGAAAUAGUUUAUUCUUUGCACUGCUGCUGUGCAUUUGUAAUGCAUUCGGUUACAAGUGCAGCGUGCAGCCUUGCGGUGGUUUUUGUGAUGCACGCAUGUGGACAAUUAGAUAUUCUUAUUGCUUGGUUAAAUAAUCUGGUGGAUGGUAAUGAAAACCCCCUCGGAAUCAAUGGAAGAUUUUCAGAAAUUAUUGAGCAACAUACAAAAACUCUUAGAUUUAUUGCUAGUACUGAAAAUGUUCUGUGUGAAAUUUGUCUUGUUGAAGUUAUUGGGUGUACUUUAAACAUUUGUUUUUUAGGAUAUUAUUUGAUGUUAGAAUGGGAACAAAGUGACGCGAUUGGAAUAAUGACUUAUACAAUACUUUUAAUAUCCUUUAUUUUCAACAUAUUUCUUUUUUGCUACAUUGGCGAACUUCUCAAAGCUAAAUGCAGCGAAGUUGGAGAAACAACUUUUAUGAUUGAUUGGUAUCGUUUGCCUGAAAGAAAAGCACUUGGAUUGACUUUAACAAUCGCAACGGCACAAAAUCCAAUCACAAUAACUGCAGGAAAGAUUUUUAAUCUUUCGUUAAAUGGUUUUUGCACGGUGAUUCGAACAUCUGUUACAUAUUUGAAUCUUCUUCGUACAUUCAUGGAUAUUAAAACUAUUACAAAGAAAAAUUUACUUAAAAAUAUCGUUGAUGGAGAGAAUGUGAAAUAUAAAAUGAAAAAUUCAACAAUGAUUAAUGAAAAUUAUGCAUUGCAAAUCAAUCGAUGGUGUCUUGAAUCACUGGGAAUAUGGCAAUUUGUAAUGAAAUCGUCUUACUUUGAAAAAAUAAUGGCUGUUUUUUUGAUUAUUAUUUGUACAUUUUUACUAGGAUUUAUCAUAAUUCCGGGUAUAUUAUUCGCAUUCGUUUUAAUUAAAGAUCCUGCGAUAAGACUUCAGGUUUCUGGAGUUUUAAGUUUUUGUGUUAUGGGAAUUAUGAAAUAUUAUUAUUUAAAUUUAAAAAAAAGGCAAAUCAGUGACUGUAUAAAUCAUUUAAUUUCUGAUUGGAAGAAGAUUAGUAAUAAUGAUGACAAAAUGAUAAUGAUAAGCUAUGCAAAAUUUGGCCGUUAUAGUUCUAUAUUGAGUGCCAUAUUUAUGUACGCAAGUAGCGUAUUUUACGCCGGAAUAUUACCUUUUAUGUCACCAGGGAUGAAAAAUGAGGAUAACAUUACAAUGAGAAAUUUAGCUUAUCCUUGUCACUUUAUAAUCUUUAAUGAACAUGAAAGCCCAGCUUAUGAAAUUGUUUUCUUUAUUCAGUGCUGCUGUUCUUUUGUGAUGGCAUCAAUAACGAAUGGUGCCUGCAAUUUAGCUACAGUAUUUAUAAUGCACGCUUGUGGCCAGUUAGAGAUUUUAACGUCAUGGUUAAAUAAUAUUAGAAAUAAUGAUAGCAAAAGUAAAGAUAUGUACUCAAAAUAUUCUGCCGUUAUUGAACAGCAUGCGACAACUUUGAGAUUCAUUAAUAAAGUUGAAAAAUUAUUUCAACAAAUUUGUUUUGUUGAGGUUGUUGGGUGUACUUUAAAUAUUUGUUUGUUAGGAUAUUAUACGCUAAUUGGGUGGAGUCAAAACGAUACAGGUGGGGUAGUAACAUAUCUUCUGCUAUUAACAUCGUUUGUUUAUAACAUUUUUUUAUAUUGUUAUAUGGGUGAAAUGCUUACGCAAAAGUGCCAGGGUGUAAGUAAUGUGGUAUAUUUGACUGAUUGGUAUGAGUUACCUGUUAAGCUAGCUCGAGGAUUCAUUUUAUCAAUUGUCAUAGCUCAAAAUUAUGAGCCUUUGAAAGCGGGAAAAUUGAUAUAUCUAUCUAUAAAUACUUUUGGUACGGUAAUUCGCACGUCAGUGGCCUAUCUUAAUAUCUUACGAACAUUUAUGGCAUAAGCAAGUCUGAUAAGUUAAUGAAUAAUAUUUUUCUCAGUCUCAUUAGAAUAUAAUUUUAUAGAAAAUGAGUAACAAAUGUUCACUGACAUGAUGAAUAAAAAUUAAAAUAUAUUUUAUGAAGAAG